GUACAAUUUUAACUUUAACCUUUCUUUACCUAUCUCUUAUUAUUUUUAGCAUUAGCUGUAGUUUCUUGAUAAUUUUAUCAUUAUGAUUGUGAUACUCCGUUUUCAGGUACUUACAUUAACUUAGCCUAAACUCUUAAACAACUCAAACUAAAAAAUGGAAACCAGUCCCGACAAUAAAUUUGUAAUGACUAGAAUUUUUGAUUUGUUUUCUAUUGAAGGAGUUGAUGGUGAAGUAGUUGUGGCAUUUUUUGUGAUCAUCGUGACUUCCUCAGUUUUUGUGUUUAAAUGUAUGAAACAAUUGAAGCAAACUUUGGAAGAAAAUCAAAGAGAUGCUAGUUUGCUUGUGCAACCUCCACAGCCUAGUUAUAACAGAUCUGAAGAGCCAUGCCCAGUUUGUUUUGGCUCCAUAAAUUUUGCAGUUGAAACUGAUUGCUUCCAUUUAUUCUGUGGUACUUGCCUGCUGGGGCUAAUACAGUAUGCUCGCCACAGGACUUUCAACUGUCCAGUGUGUAGAACUCGGGUUGCAAUGUUGUACCCAGUGUUUUCUGUCGACGAGUAUGGACAUGAUAGACAAACAGACUUAGGACACACCAGGGACAACCUGAUCAGUGAGAUUCAAGAAUACAACAUACUUUUCUCUGUUAGAAAUCGUACGCUCUUGCAAACUGUGUUUGAACUUCCAGUUUUUGUAAGGCGCUUAUGGAGAUCUUUCAAUAACCCUAAUGAUAUUGUGGUUCAAAAUCGAAUGAAAACCUUAUUAUACAUCAUUAUGUUUGCUGUAGCCUCAUAUAUACUGUUCCCAAAUGAUUUAUUCCCUGAAGUGCAUUUUGGAAUUCUAGGUUUUUUGGACGAUUUUUUAGUUCUUACAGUAUCUUUAAUUUAUUUAACAAGUGUCUAUCGUAGUUUAUUUUUUAAUUUGGAAACUCCACACGGUUGAAAUUUAAUAAAUACUAUAGGCCUACCAACAUCUUAGAUGCUACCUACAAGAUAUGUAUCCAAAUCCAACUAAAAGGUUUCCACUCCAGGCAUCUUCACUGAAACCUGUUUAGAAGAAAAACGCUAACAAAGUCAACUAUUCUGCAGAUUGAGAAGUUUCUGCUGUCAUCCUAACCACUAGGACAGUAAUAUUAUUUAUAUUUUACCAACCAUUCAGUAUAAACAAAUCUGUAAAAUUAUUUCACUUGAAAAUUCUUAAUAUUUACAGUAAACUUAACAGGUAUUUUACUUGUUUUUAUUACUGUAAUAAAUUCUUUCAACUGAAAAAAAUGUUGUUUUCAGAACUCAAAAAUGUAAGAAAAACACUUAAGGCCUACAGAAGAUGUUAUUGUGUUCAGUUUGUAUACCGGUACAUUUUCAAUAAAGUAAUGAAUUUGUUAAA